CCCGUUAUAAUGAACACCACUUGUUGUCUGUGCGGGCAGUGCGUCGACCGCACGCCCUUCCAAUCACGCGAAUGUAUCAUCUUCACAUUCGGAGAAAAUUUCGCAUAUAAAUCUGUGACACAAAAUAAGUUAUUAUUAAAUAUCAGUUUUUAAUUUGAGUUGUACAAAAUGCUUCCAAGAAGUUUAUCGUUUUAUAUUUACUCGGUAUUGGUAGCAUGCUGCGUUGCUGAUUGCGGUCCGCGGUUGAAAUAUGCUUGGGGCGAUGCACUUCAAGGCACAGAUUGUCCUGGUCCAGACGGAACACCUUAUCCUAGGCACUUAGUGAAUAGAGCACUGAAGACUGGUCCGUGGGGAUCGAGCGCGAGGCAGGGCCGCGGGGCCAGGACUUUAGACCCAGCGCUGAUGAGACGCGCGUUGUUGGACGCCCACGAAGGAUACUCUGAAGGAAAGGCCAGGGUGCAAUAUGGCAACAGAACUGGUCGAGCCACUACUCUCCCAGGCCUAUCUUCCACGUCCAACUCAUGCGGGGGGUCCAGGUUAUGUAGGACCCGGUACAACACCACAGCCCCUAUGUAUGGGGUGUCUCUGACCUCUGGUCAACCGGUCACUAUAGUGCAAAAGUUCCCGGAUUUGCUUCAGCAAGUCGUUUUUGAAGUUUGCGAGUCGAGCUCGUGCUCGGUGGUGCGCGGGUCGUGCACGCAGACGUACGUGCCGUACCUGUUCCUGGUGCUGCCGCUGGGGCCCGUCACGCUCACCGGCCAGGACUACGUGCUGGUCGAGUCCGGCUGCGUGUGCCGCCCCGACCCGCUCAUCUAGCGCCGAUUGUUGUGACGGCUCCACACUGUCCGCGGAAUAAGAGAUUGCAUUUCAUUACUCACUGUGGUUGUCGUUACGAUAGAUACAAUAGCACAAUUUGUACAAGCUUUUAACUUUCAAUGUAACUAUGGAUAUCCCUACGUGCCUGUUUACGAACCGAAAUUUUGUACACACGUUUAGUUUGGAUGACAAUGCAUUAUUAUGAUUAUUAUAAGCUUGAUCUGAUGGUGCACCCAGGGACGGCUACAUGCAUGUAGGGAACUCCUCAACGGUUUACUGCAAAGGCAUGAUUUUUUUAUCACACAUUGAUUGCAAUAAGAUCUCUCGGCUGACAACAGUAAAAGCUUGUGUCAAAAAAUCUUAUUAUUAUUAGAUCUGUCAUAAGCGAUCGUAUGGAAUGUGACACGAGUAUAACAAAUUUCUAUUUGAUACACUGCAUUGGUACUACCGGUGGACAUAACGUUAGAUUUUCUAUCGUAUCUACUUCUUCAACUAUAUAGGACAGACUGAACUAUAUAGAUUUUUUUUUUUAAAUUUUUUACCGCAUAAAAUAAUUAAAAUAUUAUUAUGUUAUCAACGUAGGAGGUGAAGACUGUUCCGUUAGAUAAGGUUUGAGGUUUAUAAGAAAAUAAAUGAGUACUUACUUACAUGGAAUUUAUCGGUAUCCAAAUAAAAUAUCCAAUUCCAAGUUAAGUAAUAUCGUCAUUACUUACUUAUUUAUAUUUCACAAUGAAUCCACAUUUAGUUAGGUAUGUCUCUAUGACACAAGACAACCUCUGCUCUUAGCAAUCAAAAUCAUAAUGGCCGAGUGUCUGCCUGCACGCGGCUGUCCCCGCCGUCCCCACUCUCGUGUGUCUGAGGUGGGGCGACACACGCGCAAGAAUGACAGUUUCAUUCAAAACAGUAACGAUUUUCUGAAAGAUACUUUUAAAUUCCUUAAAAUGAAGUGAAAUACAUUAAACAAAUAAUUAAUAAUUAAGUAAAUUAUUUAUAAUUAUGAAUGAAUAUAUUGCAAGUUAACAAUUAUUUUGUAAUAAAUGAAAUAUUAUUAUUUUAUGCGGUUUUAAAAUUAAUAAGUUGUCGUCAUUUUUCUAUGGGCUGGUUGGAUAGGCUUCUUUUUGGGAAAAGUUUUCAUACUUCAAUGGAAAAUAAUAAAUGUUUUUAUGGAUAAGAAAUUCAAAAAUUUAAGAAAUAUAAUGUAAUGUAUCCAUAUAAAACAUUUAAUUCACCAGAACAAUGAGAUAGUUAAAUAAUUUAGUCGAAUUUUUUAAACGAUUUAUCUUAUUUUAACGAAAUAUUUUACUUAUGCAUUUAUUUUUUAGUAGAUUACUUUACCUAGCAAAUGAAAAUAUGCGAUGCAAAGAUGUUGUUUAUGGCCAUCGUAUUUUUUUUUAAAUUUAAUGUUGGUAAGCUUAUUUUUGGCCAUUUAUGCGCAAAUGAAUUUAUUGUAAAAGUGACGAAUUUUGUGUUAGUUUAAGUAAAAAUCAGUAUUUAUUGAGGGCAUACUAAUUGGGGAAUUCAAAGAAAAAAAUAUGAUAACGGGAAUUUAUUGGUAUAAUUUAUUAUUAAGGAUUCGAAAGUAUUUUGGUAACUGUAAAAUCGCCGAAAAAUCUAAAAAACGAAUAACGAAUUUGUCGGCCAUUUUGUGGUGUUUUAUGUUAUAGACUGAAUUUAUAUUGUUAAUUUAUUUUAUAGAUAUUUAUUCUUAUAACAGAAACUGUUGUAAUUUUCAAUUAUUUAUCCAACGAAGCGAAUUUUCUCUUAUUUAUUUAAUGUGAUUUUUGAAUUUUCUAAAACAACGAAUGUAUGGAAGAUGAAUAAAAUUUUGAGAUACUUAUU